GUAGUUCCUGUUAGUCAGUGAGUUUUGUAGGGAAGCGAAAAAAGAGAUGCUCCUAGUUACUUAGCUACACAUAUAUAAUUCAAACCAGCACAAUUGUGAAUAGGUAGGUUUCCUUAUCGUCUUGUAAGAGCAGUAAGUAACGUUAAACACCUCAACUCACCGAACGCUUGAAUAGAGUCGUUAAUACGUGAGUGGUUAGGCUAGUUAACGGUAGCUACGUGGCUGCUUCACAUGUGUUUUGCUAACGUUAACGUAAGCUAUCUGAGAUCUAUCAUUUAAACUCGUGGUGGUUUAGGUACUGUACGUUAGUGUAGUUCAGUGAAUCUUUUUAGAGAGACUGCAGCUCCUGGUAUGGCUGGCAGCAGGAUGAAGCUGGAGCUAACCCGUGUGGUUCAGGGAAGAAGUCGGCUGGGUGUACUGAAGGGGCUCGGCAGGACGGGACAGCACUCUCUGGAAGUCCCGGGGUGUCUGCUGCACACACACGUAGGCACAGUGCCCCACCUCACCCAGGAAACACUGCACACCCUGAGCAACCUCACCUCUGUCACUCAGGUUACCCUGUCCAAUAUAGCAGAGCACCAGGAAGUGUUGGAGGAGUUUAAGGAUGGAUUCAGAAAGUUUGCAGGUCUUCAUGAUACUGUAUUGUAUUGCUCUCUUCACGACCCUGCGACCCCCUGCCCAACAGGUUACACUACUAAUAAGACGGUGUCAGUGUGGGGCAGCGGUGGGCGGAUCGAGCUGACAGUGGCCAAGUUUAUGGCUCUCCAGAAGACCGUGCAGCCAGACUGGUACCAGAGCAUGGCAGACGGAGAGACGUGGCAGAAUAACACCUCCCGCAAAAGGGUUCGAAAGUCGGUGGAUCGAACUCUCGCCCACUUGGAUGAGUGUCUGCUGGUUCACCAAAAAUCCCAGGAGUUGGAGGGAGUGGAGAUGUUUGGGGUGGUGGAGGGAGGAGACAUCCUGGAAGAGAGGGUGCGCUCAGCCAGGGAGACAGCCAAGAGGCCGGUGGCAGGAUUCUGCCUGGACGGCCUGCAGAUGGGCUCCAUGGACCGGGCCCUGAGGACCCAGCUCAUCACUGCUGUGACCAAAGAGCUGCCUGAGGACAAACCAAGACUGCUGCAGGGUGUAGGACAACCUGAUGAGGUGCUGGCGUGCGUGGAGGCCGGUGUGGACCUGUUUGAGAGUUUCUUCCCCUUCCAGGUGACAGAGCGAGGCUGUGCUCUUUGCUUCAGCUUUGACAUUUCCCCGGACCCGGAGCUCGCAGGUAGAGCGCCCCAUGCAGUGCUAGGGCUGGAUGAAGAGAGGGACACGGCGGGAGAGACGCAACAGAAUGGAGAUUUUAAUCUUGAAGAUCAAACGCAGAUGACAUCCUUUGAGAUCAAUCUCAAAGACAAAAGGUACCAGGACGACUUCAGGCCCCUGGUGGAGGGGUGUGGCUGCUACUGCUGUAAGAACCACCAGAGGGCGUACCUGCACCACCUGCUGGUGACCAAUGAGCUGCUGGCUGGAGUCCUGCUCAUGAUUCACAACACAGCCCACUAUCAUGCCUUCUUCGGCGCCCUGAGAGAAGCUCUGGCCAAUGAUAAACUGGACCUUCUAAAGAGACGGGUACUUAGGGAAAGUGGCAGGCAGACAUAAAGAAAGGACUAAGACUCAUAAGUGGAAUGAUAGGAGAGGGAUUGAUCCUGCUUUUCCUUUAAAGGAUCACUGGACUGACUUGGCCAGACGCAAUCAAAGCUUUGUCUUACCACCUCAGAGACCUUGAGACAGAGCCCCUCCAUAUAUGGAAUGAAAAGACAAAAAGACACCCAUUUGAUGUUUGUCCCUUAGAUGUGGGUCCUGGUUUCACAGCAGGAGGGACCGCUCCCUGAAGCUUGUGUAUUGAUCUGAGCAGAUAGCCAGGAGAUGAAGUCAGAGUUAGGUGCCUUAAGAGGGAAAGGAGCUGGAUAGGAGGUCAAGAGGAAUUUGCAUAAAGAGAUACAUGUAAGGAUGGAUGGUGGUGUACUAUUGACUGACUAAAUCCCUGUGUGCCUUCUGUUGUGGUGUGAUUGCAGGUUAGCAGAUGAUUAAUACCCUUUGGACUCAUUGAUACAGUAGCAUAGACCAGAGGGAGAACCAACUUGGGUAACCCAAAAAAGUUCCCGCUUUUCUCCUGUCAUACAUUAAAACAUCAUGUACUAAGAUUUCUUUGAGGCAUCCUUUUGUUAUUUCAUAUUGGUCUGUCGUCAUCCAGCCGUUCAUUUAUUCUUGUGCACCAGGAAUAUUUUUAAUGUUUCAGUUGGAUGAGCUGCUCACACACGUAGACUUUGACUUCAUGUCGCUGUCAAACCCAUAGACUAAUCAGCAUGUAUGAUGAGAUUGUGUGUCGCAUUAAACACGGCGCUCUCAACAUGCAGAUGGUGGUGGCUUUCUCUUGUGAGCUUCGGGGAGGUUAACUGAAGGUUUGAGCUGACAGCUUCACCAUUCCCACUGCUGAGGGAGGAUAAAGAUCAAGGAAAGAUAUGGGUCUCUACUGCCUCCCAUGCAGCAAUGGAGAGAGGCAUUUUGAAAGUAAGGAGAUAUAAUUGACUGCCAGACCGUGCAGAUAUCUGUGGGGGACAAGGGACAGACUGAGUUGGUUUAAUGGGAUGGUAGUAGACAGAAGAUGGUGUGGAGAAGGUUGUAAAGUCAAUCCCCCAGAUUAGCCAGUAAAAAUAGAAUGAGUAGUGAACGGAUAUUGCCCUCCUUUCCCUGGAUAAUGGCUAAUAGUAUUUUACUCAGAAACUUCUCAGUGGAGGUGUUCAGCAGCUAAUGUUUCCUUGUCUAUCUGACAAACAUUUGUAUAAAAAAAUUGUCACUAAAUCUACCCUUGGUAAAUA